CAGUCUGGUCCCUGUUCUCCUAUCCGGGAUCAAUCUCUCUGCCUCUCAAGCCAUGUCAUGCCGAAAUUUCCAGCUGAGCUCCAGAUGUGGCAGCCGGAGUUUCAGCUCCUGCUCGGCUGUCACACCCCGGAUGGUCACCCACUAUGAAGUGAGCAAGGGGCCCUGCCGGCCCGGGGGCGGUGGGGGCCUCCGAGCCCUGGGCUGCCUUGGCUCUCGGAGCCUGUGCAAUGUGGGCUUCGGGAAGCCCCGUGUGGCCUCCAGAUGUGGUAUGCCAGGCUUCGGGUACCGAGCUGGAGCCGCCUGUGGACCUCCGGCCUGCAUCACCCCAGUCACCAUCAACGAGAGCCUGCUGGUCCCCCUGGAGCUGGAGAUUGACCCAACGGUGCAGAGGGUGAAGAGGGACGAGAAGGAGCAGAUCAAGUGCCUCAACAACAGAUUUGCAUCCUUCAUCAACAAGGUGCGGUUCCUGGAGCAGAAAAACAAGCUGCUGGAGACUAAGUGGAACUUCAUGCAGCAGCAGAGAAGUUGCCAGAGCAACAUGGAGCCGCUCUUCGAAGGCUACAUCUGUGCCCUGCGGCGACAGCUGGACUGCGUGUCGGGGGAGCGCGGGAGGCUGGAGGCUGAGCUCCACAGCCUCCAGGAUGCACUGGAAGGUUACAAGAAAAAGUAUGAAGAGGAACUGUCCCUGCGGCCCUGUGCUGAGAAUGAGUUUGUCACCUUGAAGAAGGAUGUGGACACGGCCUUCCUGGUGAAGGCCGACCUGGAGACCAACCUGGAGGCUCUUGAACACGAGAUCGAGUUCCUGAAAGCCCUGUUUGAGGAGGAGAUCGGCCUGCUGCAGUCUCAGAUCUCUGAGACCUCGGUCAUCGUCAGGAUGGACAACAGCCGGGACCUGGACGUGGACGGCAUCAUAGCCGAGAUCAAGACCCAGUAUGAUGACAUCGCUAGCCGCAGCAAAGCGGAAGCCGAGGCCUGGUACCAGUGCCGGUAUGAGGAAUUGAGGCAGACGGCUGGGAACCACUGUGACAACCUACGCAACCGCAAGAACGAGAUCCUGGAAAUGAACAAGCUGAUCCAGCGUCUGCAGCAGGACAUUGAGGCCGUCAAAGGCCAGAGAUGCAAACUUGAGGGGGCCAUUGCCCAGGCAGAACAGCAGGGCGAGGCCGCACUCGGCGACGCCAAGUGCAAGCUAGCGGGGCUGGAGGAGGCCCUGCAGAAGGCCAAGCAGGACAUGGCCUGCCUGCUCAAGGAGUAUCAGGAGGUGAUGAACUCCAAGCUGGGGCUGGACAUCGAGAUUGCCACCUACAGGCGCCUGCUGGAGGGCGAGGAGCACAGGCUGUGUGAAGGCAUCGGGCCUGUGAAUAUUUCUGUCAGCAGCUCCAAGGGCGCCGUCCUCUAUGAGCCCUGCGUGGUGGGCACGCCCAUGCUGAGGACCGAGUGCUGCGCCGGGUCCGCGGGCGUCCUGAGGAGCAGCGCCGGCUGCAGCGUGGUGGGCACCGGGGAGCUCUACGUGCCCUGUGAGCCCCAAGGGCUCCUGAGCUGCGGGAGUGGGCGGAGCUCCAGCAUGAAGAUGGGGGCGGGUGGCAACUCCUGCGGCUGCUAGUGUCAGCGCUACCGCGCAGUCUGGAAACCCUGGCGGCACCGCUCCCAGGGAUGAAGGCCGGAAUAUUCCAGAACUCCCCCUUCCCACACCAGCUUCGCAUUGCCCUAGGAUACUCCCGGGAGCUCUCAGCCCCGCUCUAAUCUUCAAAGCCUCCCGUCACAGAGCUGGAUGCAGAGCCCGCGCUGGACCCAGAGUCUGUGGGUCCAGAGAAGGGGGCUGCGCGGUCCCGUCACCUGGAGUAGCAACGGCCAGCCCUCGUCUAAGCAAGGCCGGUGGGCAGACUGCGGCUCUGUUUUGUAAAAGGCUUCAUGCCACGUUCCGCACAAAGCCGGUCCUGCCCUUUCUACCCCACACCCUCCUCCACAUCCCUGUUCCCUCCAGCUCUCAAACGCCUAAAAAAAAACCAACUCAUACCAGGCACUAUUAUAAAUAUAUAUAAACAUCAAAAGGAGGGUCCCCAGAUCCUAUCUAAGCUGCAGGCACCGGCACUGCUGGUGCCUGCCCAGCACUGGGACUCAAGAAUGAUCUUUGGGUAGGUAGUAUGUCGAGCCCAAACAAACAAACAAACAAACAAAUACAGUUCUUGGUGAUGGUGAGACAGGCCUAGAGCAAAGCCGGGAGCCUGUGGCACAGUUGCUGCUCAGACAGACAAUGGAGCGCUGUCUUGGGGGCUGCACCCAAGUCCUGUCUACCUCUAUCCACAGCCGCUUCCCGCCCCCUCAUUCAGCUCCUCUAGCUCCAGGUCCCAAGGCAAAUAGGAGCACCGCACAGGUCCAGGGGUGUGGGGCUGCCCCAGUCUCUUGGAGGCUCAUUUGGGGUCUAAGAGAGGGGGAAAUGCAUGGCUGAUCUACACAUCCUGUUCCCCUGGAGUUCAAGUUCUCUCUGAGGGCUGAGCUGUCUGCUUCCA